UUAUCGAAACAUGGCGUCGUCGUUUGUUGAUUUUUUGUUGUUGUCUAUGAAAAUGCAGAAAUUUUGCUGAAAUUGUGUGAAAUGUGAGAUUGAUUAAAGUGAUAGGCCCAAAGCAUGCAAAUUGAGGACCCGAUCCGGAUAUCCAGCAUUGUAGCCAUCGCAUCGAGAGGAAAGCUGCCACGGGACUGGCCCUGGGGAUAUGGCUGCGGCGGCUGCAGCACCUGCGAACUCAAACGCACCUGCACCUCUGUCGGGCGUUAGCUCUGGCGCAACGGGAGUCGGGGCCAUAAGCGGGGCCCAGUUUCGCGAAAUACACAAGAAUACGUGGUUGAAAAGACUGACGACCGAUGGAAAGAAACUAACCGUCGGACCCAAGAAAUCAGAGUGCAGCUGGGUGGUGUUCUGCGUGCACGAUGACACGGAGGCCCUGCUGGAGGGCUAUGCAGAGCCGCGCCAGGCAGCCGGCCACAUGCCAGAGUGGGCGGUGUCAUUGCGGGAGACGCUGCACAUAUCGCACGCCCUGAUCCCCAAUUCGCACGAGUUUGAAUUUGUUGUAACGCUUAGCAAUGAAGUGUUGCGCUUUCAUGCCGUGUCAUGGGAAAUUAUGCAAGAAUGGGUGGAAACGCUGCGUUCGAAGUUGCGCGAAAUGAAAAUUCUGUCGCCGCGCGAAAACCUCUACACAAAGUUACCUGAAGUUCGCGCCCCCUUGCUGCCCACACGGGAUCCCACAUCGCCGCUGCCGCCGCCACCCCCAGUGCCGGCGGCCCUAGUGCCGGGAGUGGAGCGUGUCGUGGCUGCUCAUCAACCGCACCCGCAGACGCAGCAUCAUCUGCCAGCAAGUGAACAGGCAGCCCCAAGUAAUGCUUCCACUCCGGUUCCAACUGCGGCUGCAGUACCACCAGCCACAGCCAUGUCCAACACAUUGACCCAGCAUCUGCUCAACAUGCUCUCCGAUCCCAUUAGCACCUACAGCGAGCAAAUAAGCGAGACCGCGACGGCUUCAGUGCCCCCCAAUAGACCCGAGGACGAGGAGCAGGCCACCGACGAGCCCCAGCAAUUGAACUCUGCCAGUGAUGCGGACGUGAACCUCUCUGAUGAUGAAUUCCUGUCGCCUCUUCUCCGAAGGGCCUGCGUCCUCACGGACAAUGGCGUGCGGGUCGAUGUUGUGGCAGCCACAGCGCAGCGUGCCUCCGCGGAUCAAAUCUUAAAUCUGGAACAUAUGCUUCAAUGUGAACGCCUAAUACCCAGACCCCAAACAUCCCGCUCCAUGUCUGCUGGAGCAGCUGAUAAAUCAAAAAGGAUGCCACGGAAACCACUUAUGUCUCAAGCCGCAAGCAGCGGCGUCCCUGGAACAGGAACCGAUGAGCCUCAGGACAACAUAACAAUCAUUCAAGUAUCGAACCCAAGUAACGGCCUGGAACGGCCGCCCGAAUUGCCGCCCAAGAACAACAGUAUAAUAGCCGAAAUCUUCCGCUUUCCCGAAGUCGGUGUCAAGACGAAGGCGGCGAGUGGCAAUCAGAAGCAGCAGCAACGUCCACAACCACAGCUGCAGCUGGACCCGCAACAGUCUCAAGCACAACCGCAACACGAGUAUAAAAGCAACGUACAAAUCAUUCCGUCCAAUGCCAGUACCAUUCAAGUGCUGGGCCAACAGCCCAGCAGCAGCAGUAACACCUAUACGACGCCCGUAAAACAGAGUGCUUCCAAUGCCCCAGCCCCACAGGCGGCUUCCAAUACAAACGCCAAUGCGAACACCACCAAGGUGAAGGUGAUGAGCGAUGGAGAGGCGACCACGGUGGCUGUAUACGGCACUUGCUAUCCAUCUUCGACAUCUCCAAUGGCAGCGACAGCGCCAAGCGGAAGUGCCGCGAAUAUCGCCGUCAAACCGCAGACGACGCCAAAGCUCAGCAAGAAGAUAAUCCUCAGCGCCAACACCUCGGGCAUCACGAACAUCAGCGUCAACAGCGAACAGACCAGCGACUCGAUAAUCAGCGGCAACGUGCACUACGAGAAGGUGUUCCUCUCCUCCAGUAUACCGAUCAGCAGCAGUAGCCCAACCAGGACACAGGACACAGAGCGGGGAGCGAUCAGCUCAAGCGUUCUUCAGGCUCAAACUCAAACUCCAAGCCAGCCUCCACAUCCCACGCCGGUGCAGCCCAAUGGCAGUCCGGCCCUGCCGCGCCGUCGCAUUGCCUCACCCGCGGCCCAGCCUGCAACGAGCUCUGGUCGCACCGUGCCACAGCUGACCCGAGGCCUGACCGAGCUGGUCAUUAGUUCGCGACCCAGUCGGCGCGACUUCCACUAUCUGAAGAUGCUCAACACCCCGCUGAGGGGCAAGCCGUCGUCGAAAACAACGAGCGCGGCCAACAACAAUAUCGAACAGCAGGCCAGCGCAAGCGCGGCCACGCCUGCUUAUCGAAGCAAUGCGGCCGCCCUUGCUGCUGACAGUCAAGAGCAGCGCAGGCGCAGCUCGUCCACCUCAGAUGCCCAGGCUCCUCUGCAGCGUAAUGCAGGUGCUGCAGGUGCCACGCAGCCGAACACUCAACGGAACGAACGGAACGCCAACAACAAUGAACAAUUUACCCCAGGACGGGGCGGGUUUCGAAUGCAACCGCCACCUCAGGGUGCUGCCUCGCCUAGCACGAAUCCGAACACCUCAGCAAUCCAGCAAUCGCCCAACAAGCGACUAACCCUGCGCGAGCAACAGGUGAUGCAGCUCCGACGCGAGAUCAUGCAUCCCGGUGGAGUGCGGCUGAAUCUGCGGCGCAAGGAUUGCGUGGGUUCCAUUGCCUGGGUGGAAGCCUUCGGGGGUGUAUGGAUUGCGGGUUGGAAGCAAAAAGAGCAUCCGGUGCUAUACAAUGCUCUGCACAUCGGCGACCAGCUGCUCUCCAUAGCAGGCGUGAGCAUCAGCAGCGCAACGGAGGCCAACAAGAUCAUUAGGAACACCAAUACUCUCUUUGUCGAGGUGCUGCUGCGUCGCAUUCCCUUUGGUCGGGCGUAUGCCAUACGCCGUGAUCGCGAGGGUCAGUGUCUGGGCCUCAUUCGUGAUGGCAAUACCUCAACGAUUGUGGAUGUGGUGCCCAACAGCUUGGCCGCUCGUCACGGACUGCCGCCAAAGACCCAAUCGUGCGAUGGAAAUGCCUUGACCUUCUGGAUGCUCACCGAGAUCAAUGGACGGCCGCUCAAUUUGUUCUUCAAGGACCUGGAGAUACGCGACCGCCUCAAUUCGGUGGGGCGCGACAUAUCAAUAUUGGUGCAGCCGUCGGAUUUGAUAACCAAGCUGAAGAAGCAACUCAAGUCACUGCGUGGCUAUAAGGACUAUCUAGUGCAGUAGUUUCUGCCCUGCUGCCUGGUGUCGCAUGGGCCACUUGAUGGUGCAGUCAUUGCCUAAUAACGUCCAAGAAAAUAGUCGAGUCCUGCACACUGUGGGGGGAGGCUGUGUGGCCAAUCGAAUUGAUAUAUAUAUUAUUUAUGUGUAGCUAUGAAGCAACUCGAAACUGUUAUAUGCUGGGCCAGUAAUCAUUCCAAUACCAACUCCAAUUCCAAUUCCAUUCCAUUCGGAUCGCGAAUGGAACCACUAUAUAGUCAACUCGUAUAUGUAGAACCAUUUUAUACACAUACUAUGAACGACAAAGGACUACUUAAAGGACUAAACUUAGUGCAGAACUAACAGAAAGCAAA